GCUACAAAGGCUCUGGACAAGAAGGAGGGAGUGCCUUUUAACUUAUUCAGUCGCAGAGCCUCCUUUGUUUCAUAACAAUGCGGCUGGCAGCUGUCUUGCUGGUAGGGCUCCUGCACAUCACACUGACUCAGGAAGCAGACCCACUUGCAUGGAUCUACAGAUUACAUCCUAUGGCCUCCCUGCAGGCCGACAACACUGGAGGAGACUGCCCAACCGAGUGUGACUGCCCUCCAACCUUUCCCAUCGCCAUGUACUGCGACAACCGUGGACUUAAGCAAAUGCCUUACAUCCCUUCUCGCAUGAAGUAUGUCUACUUGCAGCACAACCACAUCCCCACUGUCUCAGACGAUGCCUUCGGGAACGCCACCGAUCUUGUGUGGGUCAUACUGCACGAGAACCACAUCAACACGGUGGGUAAAAAGGCUUUUGCCAAGCUGGCCAAGCUGGACCGACUUUAUCUGAGUGGCAAUAACCUAACUGAGGUUCCAGCAAGCCUGCCUGCCUCGCUUCGUGACCUCCGCCUCAACCAUAACAAAAUCACCAAGGUUCUGCCCAGUGCCUUUGAGGGAAUGGAGAACCUGACCAUCUUGCUGCUCAACGACAAUGACAUCCAGGACAUGGGCGGGGCACUGAAGGGCCUCAAAUCGCUCACCUUGCUUGAUGUCAGCAAUAACCAGCUUAAGAAUGUCCCUGAAGGCCUGCCCAGCAUGCUCCACCAGCUCUACCUGGGCUCCAAUGCCAUCAAUGCUAUCCCAGACAACUUCCUCAAUCGCUUCUCCAAUUUGCAGUAUGUGCGCUUUUCCCACAACGAGCUCACAGACAAGGGCAUCCCACCCAACAUAUUCAAUGUAAGCGGACUGAUUGAGCUGGAUCUUUCCUUCAACAAGCUAGAGAGGAUCCCACCAGUCAGCACCAGUCUAGAGCACCUUUACCUACAGGCCAAUCAAAUUAAAGAGUUUACGCUGGGCAGUUUCUGCAGUGUGGUGGACGUGAUGAACUUCUCCAAGCUGAAGAUCCUGCGUCUGGAGGGCAACGAGAUCACCCGCAGUGACAUCCCUUCCGAAUCGGCCAUGUGUCUCCGUCUCGCCUCGGACAUUGCCCUGUAACUUGCUACUGCUCCAUUAAGGAGACAGAGGGCAGUCCAGUCCACUUCUCUUCUGUUUUAUCCUUUCUUUAACUGUUCCCCAGGAUAUUGAAAUAUUUCUUUAUUGGCCUGUUGAUUUACUGCUUGUUUAGUACUUGUUGAUGUAUAUUUCUAUUUUAAGAAGCGUAACAAGGGGACUUUGUGGGUUGUUCAUGUAUAUUCUGUGUGCAGGCGUAUGGAUAGAAGGGAGAAAGCAGAGGUAAGAGGAUAAAGAGAAGGCAGGAAUUCUAGCUAGAUAGAUAUUAAAUAUGUUAUGUAAGGGUGUAUUUAUCUGUUUUUGCCAGACCAGUUUGCUUUCAUGUGCUUUCUUGUAUGUUUAGUCUGACAUUGCACAUUGGCAAAAGUGAUGCACUGAAAACGAUACAGUUAUUUAGGGGAGAGAGGGUCACAACCUGACGCAAUUCGUUUUUUGAUAAAUAAUUUAAAUAUGUAUUCAAUUUAGAGUAAUACAUUUUCUGGUAACACUUUAAGUUGUAACAUAAGGCUACCAUGACUACUGACAUAACCCUAUGUAAAUGUUUAGAAAUGCUUAUUCCAAUAGGCACCAUCUGUUAUAAAGGCUAUUUUAACUAACUUUGAUAAAAAUUGGCAAAUGUAACCUUUACAGAGAAUGAUGCCUACUAGAAAAAGCAUUUAUAAACAUGUUGUCUUGUCAAGCUUAUGUAGGUGUCAUGUAGCCUUAUGAACUGUACCCUACAGUAACGUGUUUCUAUACAAGCAAUAAUACACAUAUCUUUGCUUCCAGCACAUGCCAUUAACAAACUAUUUCGCUGAAAGCUGUGAGUUCAAAUGUUACUGGCCCCAUAGGUGGGUUAAUCGUAACAGACUGAAAAGCUAGAUGUAUUUAAUUAAAUACAAUUCUGUUUUGUUAGAAGAAGACAAGCUUUACAACCUAAAUGCAAAAAAAACUACGUACAUGUGAUAGUGAAAAGACACUGUGCCAAACGUGGUAAAUGGAGGUCUCACUUUAGCCUGGCUAACUCUCACUGCAAUUGGUUCUCACCCUUCAUAACUGUUAUAUUUUAGCCACCAAGAGGAUGAUUUAACCCCUAAAAAAACCCUAAAAGGCCCACUGGUGGGCACAAAAUUUACAAUUAUAUGACCUAAGAAUAUCUCAGCCAGUUUGCAUUGAAGUACCUGUAGUUACUGAAUAAUAACCCUUAGUAUGUAUUAAGCCUGGGAUUUUAAGGUGUUGACAAAUAUGUUUGUGAAUUCUGUGACUAAUACACAUAACAUUCAUGGUUUUUCAGGAUCUUGCUUUCAGAACUGGCAGAUAAUGUUGCUACUGGAAUACAAAAAGAACUGUGGACCCCACUCUCCCCUACUUCAUUUUUACAUAAUAUUAAUAACUUAAUAAAAUACACUCACUGAACCGUGG